AUGCGCGCAAUGUUGUCGACCCAUCCAACGGUUCGAGGUCGGGCACCUCUUUCCCCUCCAGUCUCGCCAGAGUUUGGAAAUAUUCUGCCUAAUAAAGUCGCUAAUCAUGUGCGCGAUCCUAUCCUUUACCAUGUAAAACCCGCCUCACCAGGAAAUUCAUUUUUCCCUAUCGACCCUGACGCACAUCGAGCCGUAGAAUAUCAUGUGGCCACGAGAGCAUCUAGUGUCUUCCGGAUCCUAUCACCUCCCGAGAUGAACGAUUACACUCUUGCGCUGGAAUUCAAGUCUCACAUGGGGAAGGCUUUCAAUGCAAACCGUAGGAAGUGGGCUCAACGCGAAUUGGCUCAAUUAAAGGAAGAUAAUUUGAUGAGAUCUGGAGGUAUAAGAAGAUACCAACGUUCGGCCGUCACAGCAUGCUCAGAAUUGCGGUCAAGCAUGAAGAAAUCUUCCGUUGCCCGGUCCACCUGCCAUAACAGUGCUAGUACCACGAAGAGCACCAAGGCCCCCAGGAUCAAGAGAGUUACAGGACGAGCUCAGACUCCUGAUAACGGCAAAAAGGUGGUGCGCGAAGAUAAAGAUUUUGAUUCAUUGCCUGACUACAGUCCACCACUCUCCAGCUUACCAAAUAAAAUUAACUCCCUCAAGGUCGACUGGAAAGGGGCUCCAAUUGACCUAAAAUCUGACCCCUUUGCUCAUCUUCUUCAUCCUGACGAGGUACAGUUAGCUGCCAAUCUUCGUCUCGACUGUGCAACAUAUUUGACUUCUAAACGCCGAAUAUUUAUCUCCCGCAUUGCGGCAUCCAAGGUUGGCAAGAAAUUUAGGAAAACCGAUGCACAGCAGGCGUGUAAGAUUGAUGUGAAUAAAGCGUCAAAGCUUUGGCAGGCGUUUGAUAAGGUUGGUUGGCUCAAUGUUAAAUGGAUUUUAGACUACGUGGAACCACACUAG